AUGGAAGGUGAUUUGGGAUAUCUUCUUGAUUCACAAUUCAGGAGAAUGAAAGAAAAUGAAGAAGAAUAUAAAACAGUAUGUAUAAGGAUUAAUAAAAUUGAAAUUGAAAGAAAGAAUGUGAGUAAAAUCAUUGUUGGGAUGAUUUCUGAUGAAACAAAAGAAAUAGUUUCUGAGAUGAGAUGUAUAGAAAUACCAGAAAGUGUUGUAUUCAAUAACAAAGAAAAUGAAUAUGAAAAGAAGAGUCUUUGUAUUUGUUGUAUUAAUGAAGAAAUGAAAAACAAAGGAAUUCAUAUUAACAACUAUAACAUUGAAAGAAUUGGAAUAAUUCCAAUGAAUGAAAUUAUGUAUGGAAGAGAAAGAAUUGAUAGUAUUCGAAUUAGAAAAGUGAAUAAUAAACAAAAGACAAUCAAAGAAGUGAUUGAAGAAGAAGAGAUGAAACAAGAAAAAUGUCAAAUUGAAAUAGGUAUAGGAGGAACAAAUAAUGAGAUGAUAAGUUUUGAUGAACAUGAAAUAAAACAAUACAAAGAAGAAAAGUAUAUUAUAUUUAUUAAAAAGAUAGAAGGAAUUAAAAAAAUUAAACAAGGAAGAAUUGAAAUUGAAAGUGAAGGAAUUAUAGAAAUGAACUAA